UCACAAUUGCCGCGCGUGGCCGUCGCCAUGGCCAUCAUCGAGCUGGUUUGGAGCGUUUUCAUGCUCGGCCUUAGCUAUCUGGUCAACCAUGUUGCGGUGGCUGCGGUCUGCGGCAUUGUAGCCGCCAUCGGGCGACACAUCUUCCCCGCGCUGCGUUGCGGCAAAAACAUCCUCUUGUUGGUCUUCCGGCUGGCAUGUUUUUGCCGCAGCAGUCACCACCACAGUGAUCAGCCAUGGCGUCAAACUCGCCCAAAGCCUCAU